GUUUUUUACAGCCUUGAGCAAAGGAGAUGGAAAAGUACGAGAAAAUCAAAGUGGUCGGAAGAGGAGCUUUUGGGAUAGUGCACCUGUGUCGCCGGCGCAGUGACGGGGCCUUUGUGAUCCUGAAGGAGAUCCCAGUAGAGCAGAUGUCCCGUGAUGAACGCCUUGCCGCCCAGAAUGAGUGCCAGGUGCUGAAGCUGCUCAACCACCCCAACAUCAUAGAGUACUAUGAGAACUUCCUGGAGGACAAGGCUCUGAUGAUCGCUAUGGAAUAUGCACCAGGUGGAACCCUAGCUGACUACAUUCAGAAGCGCUGUAACUCUCUGCUGGAUGAGGACACCAUCCUGCACUUCUUUGUCCAGAUCCUGCUGGCCCUGUACCAUGUGCACAACAAGCUCAUCCUACACCGGGACCUGAAGACCCAGAACAUUCUGCUUGACAAGCAUCAAAUGAUCGUCAAAAUAGGCGACUUUGGAAUCUCCAAAAUCCUUGUCAGCAAGAGCAAAGCCUACACUGUGGUGGGGACCCCAUGCUACAUCUCUCCGGAGCUGUGUGAGGGGAAGCCCUACAACCAGAAGAGUGAUAUCUGGGCCCUGGGCUGUGUUCUAUAUGAGCUAGCCAGCCUCAAGAGAGCUUUCGAGGCUGCUAACCUACCUGCCCUAGUGUUGAAGAUCAUGAGCGGUACCUUUGCCCCGAUUUCAGACCGGUACAGCCCAGAACUCAGGCAGCUCAUCAUGAACAUGCUCAACCUGGACCCGUCCAAACGCCCACAGCUCAAUGAGAUCAUGGCCCACCCUGUCUGCAUCAGACCCCUGCUCAACCUCUACACUGAUAUAGGCAACGUCAAAAUGCGCAGAAUUGAGAAACCACUGUCCACCGUGCAGUCAGGAGGUCAUGGUAGACCAGGAGGGCGAAUGACCGGCACAAGGUCAUUCAGAGAUGGACGGAUGGGAACAGGAAAGUUGCACUCCCUCCCCCUGUCAUCAGUGUACACAUGGGGCAGUGGCAUCUCUGCGCCCCUGCGUCUACCCAUGCUCAACACAGAGGUGCUGCAGGUGGCCCUGGGACGCACACAGAAGAUGGGUGUCACCAAGUCAGGCCGACUCAUCACCUGGGAGGCUCCGUCAGUAGGAUCUGGUGAGCCCACUCUGCCUGGUGCAGUGGAACAGAUGCAGCCGCAGUUCAUCUCUCGCUUCCUGGAGGGUCAGUCUGGAGUCACCAUCAAGUCUGUGUCCUGUGGGGAUCUCUUCACCACCUGUAUGACAGACCGAGGUAUUAUUAUGACGUUUGGAAGCGGAAGCAAUGGCUGUCUCGGACAUGGGAAUGUUAAUGACGUAACACAGCCCAAGAUCGUGGAGGCCUUACUCGGAUACGAGCUGGUCCAGGUGUCAUGUGGUGCUUCCCAUGUGCUUGCUGUGACCAAUGACAGAGAAGUAUUCUCCUGGGGAAGAGGAGACAAUGGUCGCCUGGGGCUGGGCACCCAGGACUCCCAUAACUGUCCCCAGCAGGUGCGUGUGCCAGGGGAGUUUGAGGCCCACAGGGUGCUGUGUGGAGUGGAUUGCUCCAUGAUUAUCAGCACCCAGAACAGCAUUCUGGCCUGUGGCAGCAACAGGUUCAACAAGCUGGGAUUGGAUAAGAUCAACGCUGCAGAGGAGCCAGCCCCCUGUGAACAGAUUGAAGAAGUCCACUCGUUCAGUCCUGUCCAAUCAGCACCGUUGAACGUGGACAUGGUUGUUUACAUUGACAUUGGAACAGCCCACUCUGUUGCUGUCACAGAGAAGGGUCAGUGUUUCACGUUUGGUAGUAACCAGCAUGGUCAGCUGGGCUGUAGCUCCCGCCGGACCAGUCGUGUGCCCUUCCCGGUGCCGGGCCUACAGGGCAUCACCAUGGCAGCCUGUGGGGAUGCCUUCACUCUAGCCAUUGGAUCAGAAGGGGAGGUGUAUACCUGGGGAAAGGGGGCCCGUGGCCGCCUCGGAAGAAAAGAGGAGGAUUCUGGGAUACCAAAGGCAGUGCUGCUCGACGAGAGCCACCCGUUCACGGUGACGUCGGUGGCCUGUUGUCAUGGCAACACUCUACUGGCAGUGAAACCUUUGCUUGAGGAAGCCGUCCCCAGAUGAUACAGCUCUGUAAACCAUCCCACCACCGUCCACCCCUUCGGUAGCGGUCAAGAGAGAAACAGUGGCACAAGGUGAAGGACUGCUAGACUCCGCUGAAUAACCUCUUCCAGUGGCCUGUCCUUUACUAAGACUUUAGAGGAUUCCUGCACAUCUUAAAUAGUUUCAGUUG